UCCAAGCCCAAGCGCGGCUUGUCGUCCUUCAUGCUCUGGCAGAACGCGAACCGCGCGGCCAUCAAGGAGGAGCACCCAGACGCCAAGAUGACCGAGAUUGGCAGCAUUGCUGGCGCCAAGUGGAGGGAGAUGGAUGCCAAGGCUAAGGCACCGUGGGAUGCCAAGGCUAAGGCGGACAAAGCGCGCUACCAGGCCGAGGUGGAGGCAUACGAGGCCUCACAGCGCGCCUCGGCCGCCGACUCCGAA